AUGACGAGCCCAGCGCGGGGAGCAGUUAGGAAGCGACUUCGACGUGCCACAGCACCAGAUGAAGCACUGAUCGCUCCAAACGACAGUGAUCCCCGCGAAGCUGGUACCGAAGCAGUGGCAAACGCCUGCAGCGAUCCGGAGGUUCACGCAAACCAAGUUUGGAAACUUAAGUUUGUCCUAAACGAAGAGGACAACGCUGUGAACGGCGCUUUCUAUCAGCCUUCGUUCACUCAUCAAAUCUUUCCGAACGAGCGCAUCAGGGGCUACCUCGAGCCCAACCUGUACCAGGUCUAUGACGCGGUCACGUUGCACUGUUAUCUGAAUUUCAAGUACACAGCAGUUGUGAACCCUAGCAAAGAGGUCACACCCGUUAUGUCCACGCUUCAAUCGCUGCUCGAUGAGUGCGGUGGCUACACAACGGACUACGAGGCGUUUCGACAAUGCAGUCGCAAUGCGAAUGAACCGCUCGAAACAGCUCUGAAAACCAUUAGCACGUACGACCUUCACAACGAAACGUUUAUCAUCUCCGAGGGCGUUCUAUGUUCAGAAAACAAGUCUCCCGCACAGGCGGCUCUUCGUGCGCUGCAUCGCCGUCUGCAGUUCCUAACACUACUCUACAUCGAAGCUGCCUCGUUCAUUGACGAUGAGGAUCCGCGGUGGAUGAUUUACCUUUGUCGCUCCAGACGCGAUCAGCGGCUUGUAGGGUUUGCGACAGUCUACCGCUUCCCCGCAAUCGAGAAGCUACAAGAAUUUGAUCCCCACCGCGAGAAAUGGAGACUCGCUCAACUGCUGAUUCUGCCGCCCUAUCAGAGAGCGGGGCACGGUACGCGUUUCUUGCAUGCGCUUUACGAACGAGCUCGUUGCGUCUCUGAACAGACCGGUCGCUGCGUUCUCGAAAUCAGCAUCGAAGAUCCAGCGCCAGCCCUUUGUUGUGUAAGAGAUCUGGUGGACUUGGAAAAGCUGCUUACAAGCGAUGAUGCUUCUCGACAGUGGGCGCAGUCGAUUAACGCAUCUAGCCCAGUCCCGAGUCGCUCCGAGCUGAAGACGCUAGCCCAGCGUCUGCGUAUUACUGCGGCGCAGGUGCGGCGACUCUAUGAAAUCCUUCGUUUGCAUGCAAUGGUGAGUGCCAGUGCCGCAUCUGGAGACGUCGACCCCGAAUUGGAGCGGGAAUACCGUCUAGUUGUCAAACGGCGUCUAUUUCGCGAAAAUGAGGAAUGUUUUGGCUUGAAAAACGAUGAUGAACGAAAGCAAAUGCUCGCAGAGAUGUAUACUUCGCUGAUGCAGGAAAGCUACCACCCAGUCAUUGCUGCUGCGAUGCGCAGAGGGCUAAUUGCACCAACAAGGCUUGAAAGGCGCACGGGUUCCGAAUCCGAACUGCAUGUACUGGUUUCAGGCUCCAAGGAACUACUACUGCGCAAUUCUGCACAAGUAUCAGAGAGCGGCUCUACCUGA